GUAUACAUUUUAGAACAAUGCUCUAUUUGUGGUGAUAACGCUGAUGGUUAUCAUUAUGGUGUCUUAUCAUGUCGUGGUUGCAAUGCAUUCUUUCGACGAGCUGUUUUACUUGGUGUAAAAUUUCAUUGUCGUCGAGGAGGUACAUGUCGAGUCGAUAAAAAUGCUCGAUGUGCAUGUCGUGCAUGUCGUUUCAAGAAAUGUGAACAAAUGGGAAUGGAUCGAAAAGGUAUUUAUUAA